UUUUCUUUAAUACCAUUAUUAUUUUUAUUAUUUGUGUGCUAUUGUAACCUUGACCAAGGUUAAUAACUUUAAACUUAUGUAAUUAUUGUUUCACUGGAGGUCUUUCUAUAUUCAUUCAUGGCAACACUGACCCAAGUAAAUAGAGUUUUGUUUACAUAUACGCAAGUUCUAACAAUUAAUAACUUACCCUUGGAGGGAUCUAUAUACAAAUUAAUAAAAUACAGAAAAAAAUAACGAUUUUUUACACAUAAAUUAUUUUCCAGGCACAUUGGAAACCUGUAACUUUUUAAAAAUGAUUUAAUAAUGAGAAUAUUUUUAUCCAAUUGCGAUGAACUAUUACAAAUUUAAACUAAGAUUACGAAGAACCAAGAAGAAAACUAAUAAUACCUAAAUUUAAAUAAAUAAAUUGAAAUAAUUAUAUAUUUUUAUUGAGGUAUGACUUGGAAGGUCGCAAGAAUGAUAUGCUCUAUACCCUUUACAAGCAACCAUUUUGGAAGCAAAUUUCUUUGGUCAUGGAUAUGGGACACAUGUAUACGGAAGACGUGUUCAAAUUGAAAAAUAUGCAAAAAUUAAUUGAAAGUAAAGAAAAAUUUGACUUGGUGAUUGUGGAAAUAUUCGUAAAUGAUGCUCUUUUGGGACUGGCGCAUCACUUUGAUGCUCCACUAAUAGUUAUGGCACCUGGACCUAUGUCAUUCAUGUGCAACCACUUAGUGGGGAAUCCAUCGCCGUCUUCCUACGUUCCAAAUAUUGUUUCGCCAUUCACUACUAACAUGACCAUAUGGGAAAGAAUGCAAAACUUAUACUAUGACAUUGUGGGAGACUUAAUGGUACAUUUUUAUGGUAUUCCAAAGCAUAAUGAAAUUUUGCAAAGGUACAUUCCGGAUUCUCCUGAAUUGAAAGAACUAAUGUACAAAGUGGAUUUAAUACUGAGCCCCUCGCAUGAAAGCAUAAAUGUGCCAAGCCCUAGUGUGCCUGCAAUUAAGAACGUCGGAGGUUACCACAUUCCUAAACCCAAGCCUUUACCCAAAGAUCUUCAAGAAUUCUUGGACAACGCCGAAGAGGGUGCCAUUGUCUUUUCCCUAGGAUCCAAUAUCAAAAGUGCAGAUUUACCUAACACGACAAAAAAAGCCAUAUUGAACAGUUUUUCGAAGAUUAAAUAUAAAGUAUUAUGGAAAUUUGAAACAGAUCUCACUGAUAAACCGGAGAACGUUAAAAUAAUGAAGUGGCUACCUCAAAAUGAUGUUCUGGCUCAUCCAAAUGUUAAAUUAUUUAUGUCCCACGGUGGUUUAUUGAGCGUAAUUGAGGCAAUUAAUUAUGGCAAACCAAUUCUCGGCGUACCAGUGUUUUGGGACCAACAACUUAACAUCAAAUCAGCAGCAGACAGUGGUUUUGCAAUAUCUUUACCAUUUUACGAUAUUACCGAAGAAAAAUUGGAUUAUGCUUUGAAGGAAAUGUUAACAAAUCCCAAGUACACCGUCAAUGCGAAGAAAAGACAAAGCAUUCUUUUGGAUCAACCUUUAUCUCCAAUGGAUACAGCAAUAUUUUGGAUUGAACAUAUCAUACGACAAAAGGGUGGAGAUCAUUUACGAUCACCGGGGUUAAAUUUGUACUGGUAUGAGAGGAAUAUGCUCGACAUAAUAAUCAUUUUGACACUGAUCACAGUGGUAAUAUUUACCAUCUUUUAUAUUAUAUUUAAGCAUAUAUUAAAAAUAUUUGGAAAGAAGCCAGCUGUAAAGAAAUCCAAGAAAAAUCAAUAAAAAUUAUUUCUAAUAUUGUAACUUUAUUGUAAUUUGUAGCAUAAUAAACAUCUUAUUUAUUGAA